UCUCCCCGUCCCUCCUUCUUCUCUUCUGUCAUCCCUCUCCAACAGUGAUCUCACAGUGAUCGCUAUGACCGUAGCACGUUAGCUCCGUCCCGAGUCUGAAUUAAACCCGUUAUUUCUUGGCGAUACGCCCGUUCUUUGUAUACUUACAACAUGCUCGUCAGUAGAUGUAGUGCUGCUCAAUCCAUUGGCCUCCCCGUUAAAAGGGAGCUCCGACCAGCUCUGCCAUAGCUUCGAGCUUUGAUCCGAGGCCAUGAUCGCCUGUCGGCCCGACCGCAGGCGAUCGCGUUGUGCACUUGCUAACUGCUUCCAGUACGCAACCUCUAGUUCUUUGAAGCCGACGGGGAGGCUUCCCACGUUUCACCUCAUCCAAGCAUGUCUCGUUUCGAUACCGAGGAAGAUACCGACUAUGAUGACGUUCGAGGCAUCGGCCCACUGACCGCUCCUCCAUCUCCCUCAGCCUUUAGACGAAUGGCCACCCAUACGCCUGAACCACUCUCGGAAUAUGAGUCUCCGGGGCCUGAUCCUGAUGUCAACGAAACAACCAGCUUGCUGGGAAGAGGUCAGGGGAAUCGGAGACAACCCCCGAUACGUUCCUAUACCAGUAUGUCGGUCAAUUCAGGGUUUGAUGCGCAUUCCAGACACAGGAACAGUCCUGUAGCUGGUAGCAUGCGUCGUUCGCGACAUCCCAGUCGCAACGUAAGUCGACGGGCUAGCAUGGAAGCGGAGAGGCCUGACGACCUACCGCAACCAUCAGGCAAGGAUGGCAUGAGUGCCUCUGUUUUCCUGGACGAGAGGACAUGGUAUGAUCAGUUCACCUCCACCGACUGGGUGCAUGACAGCAUCGCCGACGGAGCCCGUCUUCGCGUGCUACGGAGUAGGAAGGACCUCCGAGGUCGCCUACUUUCCAGGAUCGAUGGCGCGCAGGGCUGGAUCCUGGUUGCGGUAAUUGGCUGCAUCACAGCUGCGACUGCCUACUUAGUCGAUGUGACGGAGGAUCUAUUAUUUGACCUGAAGGAAGGUUUCUGCACAACGCGGUGGUUUCGUAGUAAAGGAACCUGCUGCAUGCACAGCAGCGAUGAAUGCCCGGCUUGGAAGUCGUGGUCCUCGAUUCUCACCCCCUCGGGUGUGGAUGAAAAAUGGGUUGACUAUGGGAUGUUUAUUCUUUGGGUGCUCAUUUUCUCCAUGAUCUCCUGUGGCUUGACACUGCUUACGAAGACGGUCGUCCCAUCGUCGGUUUCUUUAUCGACGCUGGAUGAGAACCUAGGUGCGGAAUCUCGUGGAUUGGAGCGCCAUGAUGGAGAAAACCAGUCCCCUGCUUCUCUGGCCAGCGGACCAAUGACCUAUCCAAUGAUCCCGACGAAACCUGAUAUGGUCUACUAUUCAGCAGCAGGAAGUGGAGUGGCGGAGGUGAAGGUCAUCAACAGUGGAUUCGUUCUUCACGGAUAUCUGGGUCUCAAAACGUUGAUCGUCAAGACCGUUGCCCUGGCCUUCAGCGUUUCUUCCGGUAUGAGUCUAGGAAAAGAGGGCCCUUACGUGCAUAUUGCGACCUGCAUAGGCAAUAUCUGCUGUCGUAUGUUCUCCAAAUAUAAUCUGAAUGACGGUAAGAGACGUGAGGUCUUGAGCGCCAGUGCUGCCAGUGGUGUUGCAGUAGCUUUUGGUGCACCUAUCGGUGGUGUUCUCUUUAGUUUGGAGGAAGUUAGUUACUACUUUCCACCAAAAACCCUAUUCCGAACAUUUUUUUGCUGUAUUGCCGCUGCCAUCUCUCUGAAAUGCCUUAAUCCUUACGGCACCGGAAAGAUUGUAUUGUUCCAGGUUCGCUAUCUCACUGAUUGGAAAUUUUUCGAGAUUGGCCUCUUUAUCCUGCUUGGUGUUCUUGGUGGUGCAGCGGGGGCCAUCUUCAUCAAAGCUUCGAGCCUAUGGGCACGCUCUUUCCGGCGCAUAUCGAUUAUCAAACGCUGGCCAAUGCUGGAGGUUGUCCUCGUUGCAGUGGUGACAGGUUGUCUAAGUUUCUGGAACCGCUACACCAGACUACCUUCGGCUGAGCUCAUGUUCGAGUUGGCUAACCCCUGUGGCCACGAUGACAUGGCGACAGGGUUGUGUCCCGAGGAAGAUGGAAUUGGCGAAACCAUUCGUUAUCUGUUUGUGGCCUUCGUGGUUAAGAGCUUCUUGACUGUCAUCACCUUUGGAAUCAAGGUGCCGGCAGGUAUAUACAUUCCAUCCAUGGUUCUCGGCGGUCUUAUGGGCCGCAUAGUAGGGCAUGUGGCCCAGUACUACGUCACGAAAUAUCCGUCUUUCUUCCUGUACAGUUCUUGCCCAGCAACUGCCGGUAUGGAGUCCUGCGUGACGCCUGGGGUAUAUGCGAUGGUCGCAGCUGGUGCCACUAUGUGUGGUGUGACGCGCUUAUCAGUGACCCUGGCAGUCAUUCUCUUUGAACUGACAGGUAGUCUUGAUCAUGUGCUUCCAUUUUCGUUAGCGGUUUUGUGCGCCAAAUGGACCGCGGAUGCUAUUGAGCCUCGCAGCAUAUACGAUAUGCUGACCGAUAUGAACUCAUACCCGUUCCUUGACAGUAAACAGCAAGUCCUGUCCGAUGCCGAGCUGGGAGACAUUGUUCGUCCAGUACGAGCGAGUCGUUUGAUCGACAUUUCGAAUUCUCCUUUCAUUCCCGCAAGAGAACUCCGUGCCAAGCUCGAAUACUUGCUGAUGGCAGGUGAGCUUGACGGCGGCCUUCCCAUCUUACGCCACAAUAUUUUGCGUGGUUUGAUUCCUGUCCCGGACCUGGAAUUUGCUCUGGAUAACCUUGAAAGUGAGGAGAACACGUUAUGCCUGAUGGCAUUAGAUGAAUCCUGGACUGCUACCGGCGACGACGGCGAGACGGAAACUCAACGAGUAGACUUUGGCCAAUACAUCGAUCCGGCUCCCAUCGCACUCGACAUUCACUCGCCAAUCGACCUAGUUUAUCAAUGCUUUACCAAGUUAGGGUUGCGGUAUCUUUGCGUGCUCGAUGAAGGCCAGUACGCUGGUUUAGUGCAUAAGAAGAGCUUCGUGAAAUUCAUGAAGGAGAAUGAAUAAGCUGGUUGGUUAUUUCUUCAUGCAUUUCAGGGCCAUCGGUCGGUGGUCCUUGAGAUAUACUUUCAUGUUCGUAGACGAUUUCCUUGCACGGAGUUACAUAUGUGUGGACUGCAGCUUCAUCGUGAUAUGUUUGUUUUGGGUCUAUUAUUUUGAGAGUGCCACGGUCUGAAUUGUCUUCAUUUGCAUUGCUGUAUUUAUAUAAAGCAUGCGCGUCAGGGAUUACUUCUUGGUUUCAGAUAUAUCCUGUCGCGGGCGUUGGAAGUGUCAUUGCAUUGGGAUUCGGCUUAGCAUAAAUUGCAUCGUCGAGAAGUGCAUUUCCAGACACCUUCAAUAGUGUCAUAUCAAAGAGUAUCAAAAAUCGAAAUCAUACCCUUUCAUAUCCCACAAUCUUGAUCGAAAUAUUACCUUCAUCCUUCCAUUCCGAACUGACACUCUCACCAACCCACUCCGAUACCUCGCCAGCACUGGCCUCCCUCCAGCCAUGUUCGGGGGUAAGAUGAUGCGCAUCAAGCGGGAAGAAGGUAUCACACUCAAACAGGGAAUCAUCCGCACGCGCAUGUAAAUGCAGAGGGACAUCCGUAUCUGUGUCCGUAUCCGUAUCCAACCGGAUACAGUUAUUUGUUUCGGCAGAUGUAGAUGCUGAUCGCCUCCUCACAACCGUCAUGACAAUCCGCAAAUGAUGGCCCCAUUCUUGUCCAAAUCGUAAUGCGCUCGCGUAGAUCUCUCCACCGCCAAUAAUGAAUAUCUUGCCCAGGUUUCCAUCGUCUCUGUCCUCACCGUUCCCGCAGGCAUUAUUAUAUACCCGAUUCAGCACAUCAAGAGCAUCAUCUAGCCCAGAACAAACGAAUGCAUCCGUAACAGGCUCUUGUGCCUGCUGCUUAUCCUGUUCUUGUAGAGGCUGGACAGUUCCCUCCUCUUUUUCUUUCUCUUUAGCAGCCUUCCCCUCCAAAUCCAACCUAACGCCCUCUGAAACAGCACCCCCCUCAUCCCUCGAAAGAACGACGUUAACCCUCUUCUUCAACGGCCGUAAAUGUUUCGGUAAGGACUCGUACGUCUUUCUUCCCAUGACGAUCGCAUUUGUUUUCGUUCGAGUUCUCGUGGAACCAGCAGCAGUAUUCGUAUUAGUAUGCUCUGGGGGCCGCGAUGUGAUGCGCGCAAAGAAAUUCAUAUCCGCUUUAAUCCGUGGCCAGGGGAGGGUGCCGUUGAGGCCGAUGCCGAGUUUUGUGGUUGCUCUUGGUCCUCGGGUGGGGGGUUGGGAUAGGGGUCGUUGCCACGAUGAGGGUUAGGGGGGUGAGCGAGGUGGCAUUUUGUUCUUUCUUUUGUUUCUUUUGGUUUGGUUUGGGUCGAGCUGAGUUGAGUGUUGCUGUGUGGGUUGU